GUCGCUACGGACUUUCUCCGAGAUGCUGGAUCGUCCUCAGCUUUUCCUGCGAACUCACCUUCAUGCAUCUACCACACCCAAUAGCUGUCUUAUCGAGUACGUUUUGACCUCGUCACUAUCAGUCGCUCAUCAAUAUAUAAGACAAAGCAUUGUCCUAUCGAUUCAUCUCGCCUUGAUCGUCCCUACACCAACCCCUCACAACCCCGCAACCCCCCCAAUACCAGCAGACACCAUCUUAGCGCAGCAAUGUCUGGAGUCAACGCAUUACCAGAGAAAUUUGAUGACCUCCCGGACAAACGGCGGUUCUGGCCAGCUCCAGCUGGUUCUCCGGAUGAGGGACUGGGGAUGCUCCGGAUCCUCACCCCGGAGAUCGUAGCUAAUGCUGCCCGGACGCAGAUCCAGACCGGUGAGCGGGUUUGUUUGAAUUGGGACAUUCAGAAGUUGAACCCGCCUGGGUUCGGCCGCAAACCGUUUGAACACCGCAUCAAAUGGCUCGAUCAUGGAGUUUCUUUUGACGAUGAAUACCAUUUCAACCCACAGCAGUCCUCGCAAUGGGAUGGAUUGCGACACCACAGCGCCCCGGCCCCGAAAGCUGGGGAUGCGAACGUGUUUUACGGCGGCACGACAGCGGAGGAGAUUCAGGACCCCAAUUCGACACGUAUCGGAGUGGGACACUGGGCGCGAAAGGGAAUUGCUGGCCGUGGUGUGCUGAUUGAUUAUCUCUCCUACGCCGAGAAGAAAGGUAUCCCCGUUGACGCUCUCAGCCAGCAGGUCAUAUCGCUGGACGAUGUGUUGACCAUCGCCCGGGAAUGCAAUAUCGAGUUCCAGCGGGGUGACAUCUUUUUCCUCCGGGUUGGGCUAACCAAGCAAUGGGACUCGAUGACCGACUCCCAGAAACACACAUAUAGCCAGCAGCAAACGCCCAAGCAUGCUGGAAUCGAGCAGAACGAGCGCGUGCUCCGGUUCAUGUGGGACAACCAUUUUGCCGCCGUUGCGACAGAUGCGGUCAGCUUUGAAGUUUUCCCACCCCUGGAGCCUGAGUUUGAUCUACACCAUCACUUGUUGGCUGGCUGGGGGCUUCCCAUCGGUGAGAUGUUUGACCUGGAGGAGCUUUCGGAAAUGUGUAAACGGAUUGGUCGGUGGUCAUUUUUCAUCUCGAGUAGUCCACUCAACUGCGCCAAGGGAGUUUCCACCCCCCCUAACUGUAUGGCACUCUUCUAAGAGUCUAGAUAUUUCGGGGGUUUUAUCUUCGAUAUCUUAUACUACAUACACCAAUGCAACGUCAUCUCAAUAUGCAACAUGCUUACAUAAUUUCCACGUGAGGUUGAUCAGCCUCGGCUCACGAUUCCCAACACUUUUUCCAGUCGACUCGGGAUCUGUCAGAUCUGACGAUUCCAAAGCCGGUCCUGACCCCUGGGCCUGUGGGUAUAUCUGCACAGCAGUCUGUC